AUGGCUCCAAUAUCUCCAGCACCAGUGAAGAAACAACCCGAUAUUGCCGAUGUCGACAAUCGCAGUCGGCUGCGGUUGUAUAUUAUCAGCUAUCCUACGCAUACCAUUGCCAUUGACCAGCUCGCAUGCGUCAUGAUGAUCCUCUCUAUCUUCGUUCUUCUGGCUGGUCUCUGCCUUGCCGCCACUUCCAAGCUGAGUGAUAUCAAUCAUGUGCUUCGCACCUUUUCAUAUCCCGGCAUUAGCUUCCGUCGUGCUCCAGCGAUCUCUUCAAAACCGGUCCAGGGGCAGAAACAGCAAGCAGGUCCCCUCGUCAUUUCGAGAAUUCCUAGCGUCUCAACAACGGGACAUCCGUCAGGCGCAUCACGCCCGGCCGCAUUGCAGUCAGAUAGUCAGAGUGGCUACGGAAACGUGAGCGUGGUUGACCAGAAGGCUACCCAAUACGUCGUCAAAGUGAUGCUCGACGGAUUCCCUAUGAAGUAUCUCAUUGGUUCAGGCAGCUCCUAUACCUAG